AUGGGGGCUGGCACGUAUCUGGAGCCGCUCACGGUCGUGGUUCUAUUGUUUGGAGGAGCGUGGAUCAACAGAGCUCGAGACACACCUGUACGAAGCGAUGCUUCACAGUGGCAUGAUCAAUAUGACCCUUUCUCGAAGACUGAGAAACCUUUCGAUAUCGACGAAGCACGAUUGACCCGAUCCAAACGCUCUUUGUCUCCUUCGCUUCUACCAGCUCAGGAACACACAUGGCGACCGCGUGAGCUUCGUCUGCUCGGCCGCACGAGGACCAUCAAUACGCCCAAUACCGCAGUCUUUCGAAACAGAUUUCUGAGCAGAGUACUGCGAAAGUUCCCAUUUCUGGUCGAGGCUUGGUACUGGGCCUUGAUAUACUGGGUGUAUCAACUGGGUCGAGCUUUUACAGCUUUGACCAUUGUAGAAGGCACCGUACAUGUCGCUCGCAAGCAUGCGCUUCAACUCAUUGAGAUGGAAAAACGAUGGCACGUUUUCUGGGAAUUGCCGAUCCAGCGAUUCUUCAUGGGCUAUCCAACACUGCUGAUGCUUAUCAACUGGCUCUACUCCUUCAUCCAUAUUCCAGGCACGAUCGCGUUUCUAGUUUGGUUGUUCUACUUCAGCAUCACCAGCAAUCAGCAGCCGCAGCAGAGAUCAGAUCAGAGCAGUCGCACAACUCCCGGCCCAGCUUUGUUUGAGGCUCGUCGAAGGACAAUGGCAGUCUGCAAUCUGCUGGCAUUUGUUGUAUUUACGAUCUGGCCAUGUAUGCCACCUCGAUUGCUCAGCGACCCUGAGUACAACGGACCCGAUGCCGAAAUUGCGAAGAGCUACGGCUUUGUUGACACGGUGCACGGUGCGGACGGUGCGAGCAGUGUAUGGACACAGAACAAGUUUUGCAACCAGUAUGCUGCAAUGCCGAGUCUGCAUUUCGGCUACUCGCUACUUGUUGGCCUCACCAUCAUGACCAUACCACUAGCGCCCAGUCACCGUCGCUCGCGCUCGAUACAUUUGCCGUUAUUCAAUCAGAGCCAUCCGGAGCUAGCACCGAGGGUCGUCCUUCCCUCGGCCAAGCGAAUGCUGUGCUUGUUCAUUGGCUUCUUGUACCCUUUCUCUAUCCUUGUGGCGAUUGUCUCUACUGCCAACCACUUCAUCCUCGAUGCUGUUGCUGGUGCACUUGUGUGCUUGCUGGGCUGGCGCAGUAAUGAGAUUCUACUGAACCUACUUCCACUCGAGGACUAUUUUCUGUGGUGUCUGCGGAUGCAUAAGCCGAGUCACCAGCGCAGCGAGGCGGUCGAGCAGCACGAUGACUCCGAGUUCGAAUAG